GACGAUCGGUAUUUCAGAACAUGGGACACGAAGUUUCUCACAGUAUGAUAGGUCUAUUCUAUAGCUUGUUUGUGGUAGAAGUUUGCAUUUUGUAGAAUGGAAAAACCGUUAUAUCCAGUUUUUGUGAAAUAUUCAGUUAUUGAAAUUCAAGAAUUUAGUAAUUAUACAAUAUUAUUUAAUCGAAAUGGAAGAGGAUCGAGAGCAGCAGCAUCCAAAUAACAUUUUUCUAUUUCAACUUGGAGUUUCAAAUAGCUUUAAAUGCAUUGCAGAAUCAGUGAGUGAAGAUGCUUUUAUAAAGAUUCUAACAAUUUUAAAAUCAAAACGGAAUAUUGGUCAAAAAUUGUAUAAAGCGAUGUGCAAAGAGCUUUUUGAUAAUAUGAACGACGAUUUGGAGGAUAUAUUGAAUGAAGGAAGUUUAAAGAAUGGAUUAGAAAGAAUUGCGAAGUUAUCGGAUGAAGAUGCUUCUAUGGUCGAAGAUGCUUGGAGACCACCUGGCAAUGUAUCUUCGCAUUUACGUUCAUUGGAUGCACAGAAGAUUAAAGAAGAAAGCGAGUUGUUGGAAAAGCGUGUAAAUGAGAUGGAAGAAGAAAAUAAAAUUUUAAUGGAAAAAAUUGCAGAAAAGAGAUCAAAUAUUGUGACUAUGAAUGAUACUAUAACAGAAUCUAUAAAUAGAACUCAAAUUGCUAUAAAUUCAUUAGAAGAAAGAAUGGAAGUAUUGCAAAAGUGUCUAAUAUUAUUAGAUAAUGAAUAAAUGAUAGAAUUGAAAAGAUUAAAUAGAUAAAGAAUAUUGUAAAAAAUAGGUAAAUAUUGUUAAAACUGUAAAUAGAAGAAAUCUUAUUUUAUAAUUUUAUAAAUUAUACAAUAUUAAAUAGAUAAAUACAUAUAUUAAAUAAUAUAUAGUUUAUUAGUUUAUUAAAUUAUUAGUUUAUUAGUAUUAAAUUAUAUAGUUUAUUAGUUUAUAUUUUAUAAUUAGAAUUUUUUAUGUUAGUAAAUCUGGAAUCCAUUAAAAUCAUAUUUACUCUUCUUCUUAAAUCUGGUGUAAUAUAUACAUUUUCUGUAAUUCUUUUUAAUUUUCGUAUUAAUGCAAUAUUUUUCUUCUAGAAAUAAAAAUAUAAAAAUUAGUUUGAUUAUAUUGAUUAUAUCGAUGUAUAUAUAUAUAUAUAUAUUAUAUAAUGAAAUGUACCUCUUGAAUUAUAAUCAUAUUUUUGAUUUCUAUCAAUUUUUUAUUAUUUUCAUCUGUUGUUUUCUUUAAUUCAUCUAAUUUUUUUUUUAAGUUAUCUCUUUGCAUUGUUAACGAAUUAAUUCUUUGUUGAAUAGUGUCAUUAUCAGAAUUAACUUUCUCGAUACAUUUUACAUAGUUACAAUGAAUUUGUUUUAACUCUUCAUCUAAAUUAUUAUAAUUUCUUUCUACAUUAUUUAAUACAUAUAUUCCUUUAUCUUUCAA